CAUGCGCAAGGAAUGAGAAACAUGGCGGCGGCAGAGAAGCCCACGAAAGAAAAGCUUUUAUCUACUCUGGAUGAUAUUGAAGUUUUAUCCAGAGAGUUGAUAGAGAUGCUAGCACUGUCCAGGUCACAGAAACUGCCCCAGCCCGGAGAGGACACACAGAUACUGGAGCUGUUAGUGCAGAAAGAUAAAGAGUUCCAGGAGCUGAUGCAGACGGCGAUGGAGCAGGGCAGAGUUCACCAGGAGAUGCAGACGCUGGAGAAGGAAGUCGAAAAGAGAGACAGUGAUAUCCAGCAGCUCCAGAAACAACUCAAAGAGGCUGAGCACAUACUGGCUACUGCUGUCUAUCAAGCAAAAGAGAAACUGAAGUCUAUUGAAAAGGCCAGAAAAGGGAGUAUCUCUUCAGAGGAGAUCAUCAAGUACGCUCACAGGAUCAGUGCCAGUAAUGCAGUUUGUGCUCCUCUGAACUGGGUUCCAGGUGACCCCCGCAGGCCGUACCCCACUGAUCUGGAGAUGCGCAGUGGAAUGUUGGGUAACAUCAGCAACAUGUCCACCAAUGGAGUGAAUGGACACCUGCCUGGAGAUGCAUUGGCUGCUGGGAGGUUACCAGAUGUACUAACCCCACAGUAUCCUUGGCAGUCCACUGAUGUUUCCAUGGGGAUUCUGCCUCCUCACCAUGGCAACGAUUUUGGGCUGGAGCCACCAGGUCAUAACAAAGAAAAUGAAGAUGAUGUUGAGGCCAUGUCAACAGAUUCCUCCAGCAGCAGCAGUGACUCUGACUGAGUGAGUGUGUGUGUGUUAUGUGAUGUGUCCACAUUAACAUGAGUUUGUCCACCUGAACAGCUUGAAAGGUAUGAAAGUAUGUUGUCUGCGUCAAUUCAUCUUGUCUCUGUGAUUGUGGAGAUCUGAGUGGCAACAUAAAAUGCUACACAGGUCCUUUCUUAAGCAAAACCUCAUAUACAGCUGGAUAUAUUUUACCAAUUUGUUUGAUUUUUCAUUUUCCAAAUGUCUACAGUCAUCAUUUGUUAGCAUAAUUUCAUUCAACUGGCCUCAAAUGUCACCAGUGUGUUGUUUUCAUUGUGUGCAGCAUGACAGACUCAUUUGCAUUUUGCAUAUUUGUAAUCUAGUGAAGCGUUAAUUUCUGGUUUACAGUUGUGAUAUAAAUAGCAUUGUAAAUACCUCUGAACUUUCAGGCUGUAAAUAAAAGAUUUUUUUUUAAGAUUA